UCCAUCUCACUCAAUUGUCUUGUUUUUGAAAAUAAUGAAUUUUAUUAUGGUUAGUUGAUGCUGCAGUUGAUGAAAGACUAUGGUUUUGCUGGUUGACUGUGGCUUCAUUUCAAGAUGUUUAUUUAGCUGUUUUCUUAUUAUUUUCAAUGAUUAUUGAAUGAAAAGAGAAAAGCUGCAACUUCCCCUGGUAAAUAUAUUGAUUUUUGAGAUAGCAAAGGCUCUGAAAUUGAAGCUGGAGAAGCAGAAUGAUCAGUUUGUGAAACAGAGGACCUCACUGAGCUUUGCUGCAUAGGCUGGACAAAUGGCGUUUUUUAGAAACCUUCACCAAAAUCUGAGCCUUCCCUCUGUGUCUUCCCUGGUGGACACGCUCAGCAGUGCUGUGGAUGACCUGGCCAGUGUUGUUGGGGAGGUUGGCUACUCUGUAGCUGACUCAGUGACAGAGCAAGUAACGAGCAUGAUCAAUGGCCUGCGGACAGAAGAUGAGAGCUCCAGAACGCAGGGUGAUAAACCUGGGGAAGGCAGAGAGGAACACACACCAUCAUUAACUCAUUCUCAGGAAAUUAAUAUGAAAACAAAGAGAGGUGCUGCAGAACAUGAAGAGACUCAUAAUUCUAAUUCAUUAGAUUUUGUGAAAAAAGGUACAACUCAAGUUGGAGUAUCUGACCAUGUCUUGAGCAAAAACCAGUUAAGAGGCAUAGAUAAUAAUCCUCUCAGUGAUACAGAAAUACCUCAGGAUUUGAAGACUGUAGAAGGACCUUUUAAAAGGGAAGUAGCAAGGGGAAGUAGUGAGUGUUUUGUAAAUGAUAAGUUCUUGAGGGAUAGUAACCUGAAAAGUAAAAAACUUACAGUGGAGCAAUCUAUUGAGGAGCAAGAUAAUUGUCUAUAUGCAGUAUCAGAUAAUUUGAAGAAUCGUGAGCAUAAAAAAGUCAAACCGCAAUCACCUGGUGCUGAUAUUAAAGAUUCUGAUAAAGUGCACAGUAUGAAUGUUCCCCAAGAUUUAGAAACAAAACAGAAGGCAAAAUUAUCAGACCCCAGCUUGAAGAAGAUGCACAGUGACCAUCCCAAUUGCCUUAAUGAAAUCAAAGAAAAGAAAUCUGAAUCCUUCUUAGAGAGAAAAAGAAAACCUGUCUCAAAGGAUGAAGACGGUGUGUCAACUGCAGUUGCAAAUGAGGGUAAAAGGAAAAGCUCAAAGAAAUUAGAAAGAGAGCUAUGUAAUAAGAAGACAGCAGGAAAAGACAAUUCUUAUAUGAGUAAAGACCAGCAUGGUUCAUCAUCUGAGAGUGAAGAUGAAGCACUGGGUAAAUAUCAUGAGGCCUUGUCUAGAACCCAGAGUUCCAGGCUGCCAGUGGUGGAUGGCAGACAGCAAAAAAACUAUAUAUGGGAAACCAGACAAAAAUAUAGUCCCCUGUCUGCAGAAUAUGAUGGAUACAGUAGUGAAGCCUCAAUAGAUGAAGCGAACUGCAUUCAGAGGAUGAGAAGAACGCCUCCGCUGGAUGAACUGCAGCCGCCUCCGUACCAGGAUGACAGUGGCUCUCCUCAUCUUUCCUGCACGCCUUCCGAAGUUGGAGACAGCAAAUGUGAAUAUUCCCAGUGUAGCAACAGCCCAAGGUGCUCAUAUAAGUGCCCAAGUGAGGGAAGCACAGGACACGAAAUAGAAAGCUUCCAUAACAAAGGAUACGAAGAGGAUGUUCCCAGUGAUAGCACAGCGGUUCUUAGUCCAGAGGAUAUGUCAGCUCGAGGCUCAUCUUCACAGCUUCCUAAACCUUUUGAUCCUGAGCCAGUAGCUAAAUACGGCACACUGGAUGUGACUUUUGACUAUGACUCACAGGAGCAGAAGCUUUUGGUGACAGUGACAGCUGUCACAGACAUUCCAACAUACAGCAGGACAGGUGGAAGCUCGUGGCAAGUACACCUAGUUCUUCUCCCUAUAAAGAAGCAGAGAGCAAAAACCAGCAUCCAGCGGGGACCGUGCCCUGUGUUCACAGAGACAUUCAAAUUUAAUCACGUCGAGUCCGAGAUGAUUGGGAAUUACGCGGUUCGCUUUCGACUGUACAGCGUACGGCGCAUGAAAAAAGAGAGGAUUGUGGGAGAAAAGAUUUUUUACUUGACGAAAUUGAACCUUCAAGGGAAGAUGUCAGUGCCAGUGAUACUGGAACCUUCUUACAGUCUGCCUGGCUGUGACUCUCAAAUGAGCAUGUCAGAAGUGUCCUGCAGUGAAAGUACCUCCUCUUGUCAGUCUCUGGUACAUGGCUCAGCUCCAGAAAUCCUCAUUGGCCUCCUUUAUAAUGCUACAACUGGAAGAUUAUCAGCAGAAGUGAUAAAAGGCAGCCACUUCAAAAACUUGGCAGCGAACAGACCACCCAACACCUACGUGAAGCUAACGCUGCUGAACUCGAUGGGGCAGGAGAUGUCCAAGUGCAAAACCUCCAUCCGCCGAGGGCAGCCCAACCCUGUGUACAAGGAGACCUUCGUGUUCCAGGUGGCCCUGUUCCAGCUCUCGGACGUGACGCUCAUCCUGUCCGUCUACAACAAGCGCAGCAUGAAGCGGAAAGAGAUGAUCGGCUGGAUUUCCUUAGGGCUCAACAGCUCGGGAGAGGACGAGCUCAACCACUGGACUGAAAUGAAGGAGUCGAAGGGACAGCAAGUCUGUAGAUGGCAUACUUUACUGGAAUCCUAAGGGAUGGUAGAAGGUGCAGCCGUGCUUCUGAGGGAGCUUGUUCUCCCAGGAAGGUGAUCACCCCAGGUCGCAGUCAGCAGAUGCCUUGUGGGAGUGAAAAAUGGAAACUGCGGUCAACAUUCCAUCACGAAGGAUGCACAACCUGCAAAAUGGUGGGAUUUAAUACAGGAGCUUCACUUGGUGUCAUGAACUUCCUUGGUGUCAGAGGAGCCUUGCUGUACACAGAUACGAUAGCGGUCCCUUCCCCAUCCACCUGAUGCUGUAUUUGUUUGGGUUUGUUUUUGUGAUUUCAAUUCAGAAACAUUUUGUGCGAGGUUCUCCAAAUUAAUGUAAGCUCCUCCUUGUGUACCUUUUGUAUUGCUUUAAUACUGUAGCUUCUGACCUGCCUGCAUUCAGAUUAAAGGUCAAUAGUUUGCACUUCGAGAAAAAAGUUAAUGGUCUGUAAAGCAAAAGCAAAAAAAGAAGAAAAACCACUGAUGAAAGAACACUUAAUAAUAUAGCAAAUAGAAAUAUACUGUUGUUUUGCACUGAAUUUCUUUCCAGGAGUUUGGUAAAGUUAGUUUUCAUUUUUUGAUAUGCAGUUGGUUUGAAAAAUACUAGCAUUUGGGCAUCAGGUGAACUUUGACAUCAAAAUAAUGUUUCUUCAAUAUGUGACAGGAACGAGCUCUAUAUAUGGCAAAAAUUGGGGUUUUCCCUCUUGCCUGUACUUCUGCCUAAUCCAAAGAGACCAGAUCAUUAGUUUGGUCCCUUCCAAAACUCCUUAGACAGGUUGUACUGUAAAACUAUGUAACUUUCUGUUGAAAGCACUUCCUCUAUUCAUGUAUUCCAAUGUAGGAAGCUCAUAGAGCACGACUUUACUAAAAUAUAUUUUCAUUAAGCAAAUUGAUACAGGUUUCUUUAAAAUGUCAGCAGUUGGAAGUUAGGUUGAAAGAUUGUGAAGGAAGUGUCAGCAGUUUAACUAUUCUGAACGAAUGCAAAAUACUAUGGCUUUGCUUGAAACAGGUAUCCAUUCAGGUCUCUUGUGAGCUGUUUUAGGCAUUACCAUUUGCUGUUUGUUGCAAGUAGAGAGCAGACCAGGAGUUUUUACCUUUCUUCUUGAAGAAGAGAACAUCAGUAGGUUUUUUUUCCUAGUGAUUUGCCAGCAAUUGAACAAAUGUUCACACACAAAAUAGAAGUUUGCUUUGCUUGUGUUCAGGCUGGAAAACACAGCUUUCUAAUGAUGCAGUUGAGAAGCUGCUGUUUAUCACCAGAUAAGCACUCGUGGCAUCCACCAAAAUUGGGGAAAUAUCAGUGCUUCUGAGGUUCCUGUUUGUCCCAAAGCCUUUAGCUGGACUUACACUAAUUUAUUGACUGCUAAAUCUAAUUCAUAUUGCUAAAAUGAUGCAUUACUGAGUAAAAGUAUUUUUUAAAAGCUUCCAAUUUUAAAUAUUCUUUUUUGCCUAUUAUUACAAGUUUUGUUUAUUUUUAAUUGUUCCAGUAAAGAAAGCAGUUUCUUUUUUCUUAUAAAUUAUGGUGAUGUCUUACCAAUAUGAGACCUCAAUGACUGUUGUAGCACUUGGUGGGUAGAAGAGUAAAGUGUUGGAUUUUGUUGAGACAAUUUGUGUUAGUCAAAAGAGUUCUCAUUAGGACAGAUGUGUUCCUCUUGAAUUCCUUUAUAAUACCUUUGAACAAUCCUGGCUUUGGGUAUACAGUCAGGUACAGUGAGACUGGUGAUGGUGCAUAUGCUGUAAUAAAGAUAUUUCACAUGGUUCUCAAAUUCUCACACUAUUUAACAAUUUCAUUAAGUGCUUUUUAAAGGAUUUUGUAAUUCCACAUCUUGAUUUAUUUGGUGUCAUUUGAUGGAUUUAUUUGCAGAGCCAGGCUUUCAGUUUUUGUUGAUUUAAAUAUUUAAACAUUAUUACAGACCUUUGAUUUUGUUUUUUUCCUCUUGAUAUUGUGCUGCUGCUUCAUUUACAGAAGCUUUAUUUACUAAAUAUAAAUAAUGCAAAAACUUUCUUUAAACGGGAAUGGUCUUGCAGUAAUACAAUGCAGGUUGUCUCUCAGUCAUUUUUGUUAGUCCAGUUUUAGAAAUGUAAUGUUGAGUGUAGAAUUUAAUACAAAAUCAGCAUUAAUUUUAUAUGCAUAAGGAAAAUGUUCAGACUUUCACAAUCUUUUCAGCUUUCCAUAUAAUAUAAGCAAUGACAUAGAAGCUGUUGUAAAGCAGCUUUUCUCUGGAUGUGGAAGUGGUUUUAUCUAUUCUGUUUGUGGAUAUUUAGAUGCUCUUUCCUAAAACUGAAAAUUGUCUCUUGAUUGUUGUCUCUUUGUACAGGUUUUGCUAUUUAAAAUAAUGUACAAUAUUGAACAGCAAGAACUGGGUCAGGUAAUUCCAGUGGAGAACAAACUUAACAUCAUCACUGAACAAAUGAAGAAGUCAGUUUGGAAGGUGCAGCAAAUAACCUCUUACAGAGCUAAACUAAACUGUGUCAUGAGUUGGGUUUCUGUUUGUGAGUUGCAUUGCUUCAGCUUUGCAUUUCAACAUUUAGAUUUCUAAGGCACUGAAUUCUUAAUUUAGACACAGCAAUGUCUGUGUUGGGCUAAUUUGAGAAGAGGAAUCUCUCUCUAGGACUUUACCUAAAGUGUCUGGGACCAGUCUGUGCUUCACAGAAGAAGGAUUGGUUUACUUGGAUUUAUACUGUACAAAGGCUAGGAACUGAAUGUGUAAAGGUUGGGAAUGAAUGUUUAAUUUUUAUUGCAGUAGAAUAUGGAUUUGCCAUGCAAAACCAGUCACACCAAUAACUGGAUUCAUCCUGGGAUUUUUAUGAGUUAAUUGUAGUAGCAAUAGCUGUCAUGUUGUUUUUUUUUCUUCCUAGAACCUAUUCUUACUAUUUGAUUUGUUUGUAAUUUUGUUCUUCAUUGCUUAUGCAAACCUACACCUUUGUAUUUGAAUUCUGCCUUCAGCUAUUGUGGGUUUUUUAAACCCUACAUAAGGGCUUGCACACACAGUUUUGUGCAUUCAGUUAGGUCUUAAGCAUGGAACAGAAUUGCUGAAGAACAAAGUAUCUGUGAAAAAUUAGAGGCACUUGUAUUUUCCCCAGAGUUGGCUGUGUUUUUUUCAUAGCUUUUUGUUGUUUGCCUUUGUUCAAAAGUACAGUAAGUACUUGAAAAAAUGUUUCAAAUUAAUUACUUUUCUGUGUGCCAGCAAAUGAUGUAGAAAUUGCAGAUCUUGAAUUGAAUCUGUUUCCUGUCAGUGUAGCCUUAAAUAAUUGUAGAACAGUGACGUUCCUACAGAUUCUGUUCUUACAUCCUUUCUGUAUACGAUCUGUUUGGUUUUAGUGCUUACAACAUUUCCCAUAGGUCAUCCUGAAGUGUUAUAAAUGUGAAAAAGUUGGUCAGUUCCUCUCUGUUAAGGGCAAGGUUGUGAAGGGCAGGCCAGCCAAGCACGAAACCACUGCAGUGAAGGAGGAGAGGUUGUGCAGCGCCUGCAGGACAUUGCUGUCCCCCACAUCCACAUGGGAGGCAGGAAGGCAGCAGAGCCAUCCUGCUGCUCCCAUUCAGCCAGGGGACACAGGGAACGAGGGGAGCACUGGAAAGAUGCAAAGCUUGGUCCCCAUGCUGCUGCCUCACACUCAGGGUGUGAGAUGUCCACGUUGUAGCUGCACUGAGAGGUCUGACUGCAAAGGCAGAAGCAAGGCAAGAUGUAAGCUCUGCUGUGGGAGAAAUGUGACACAAUUUCUAAAUGGAAUGAAAGUCCACUAAACUCAUUAGUAAUUAGAUCUGGAAAUUUAGGGAGCCCUUGGAAUGAAGGUAUGUGCUUUUGUGGGAGCUAAACAUUAUCAAUUUAGAAAAUGCUUGAGCUGAAAAGAUUUUAUGGCAUUAACUGUUGAAAUAUUUUUACCUGUAAAUUUUUGCAAUUACUUUUGAUGGCAGAUGCAGUGUCAGCAUCAGUACCUUCCCAUUUUCACACCUUUGGAGCAAUUCUUUUGUUGUCUAAAAUUUGUGUUUGUGUUCUUGAUUUAUUCUCUCUUCUCCCCAAUGGCUCACUCCUGCAAACUCCCCAUGGCCCUGAAAAGCUGCCUGUGGCAGUCACUGGACCUUAGAUGUAAGGGACACACUGUACACUAAGGUACUGGUGCAAAAUUUAUUUGACCUCCCCAACUCCCAAAGAUUUCUGAAAUACAAACCAUCAGUUUUAAUAUAGCAAACCAGAAGAAGAAAACUUCUUUGAUGGAGACAUUUUCAUGUAGGAAUUGAGUAUUAAUCACUCUUACACAUGCCAAUUCUAACAAAAAGUCUGGAGUGAGAUCAGGGAAUGAGGUUGGAGUGGAGGCCUUUUGGCCUGAGCUGUUACAGCCUGAAACUAAUAAUAGAAUGCCCUUUCAUUGAACUCAGAGUUGUAUUGAGCCCUCUACUUAUGACACUUUUCUGGAGGAAAAAGCUGUCCUGUUCAUAGCAGUCUUUAAAAUCAGUCUUGUCACUUGUUUGUAAGGCAGACUGACUUCCUUCUGAAGCCGAAAUCUCAAUAACAGUUAAAAAUCCUUUUAAUUUUUCCACUGAUGCAUGGUGCAUGCCUGCCUGCCAUUAAUGUUAGUGUGAGGAGCCCACAGGCUUCAAGAGGAGACCAGAUCUCACCCUGAAGGUGUGAAGAGCAAUAGGAUUGCUAGGAUAGAGGGGUGGCGCAGCCUAGCAUCUGCAACAGUCAAAUAUUAUUUCAGUUAUAAAUGGAGGCAAAAAACCAAACAUCCAGAUACUGUCACAAACCUGUUUAUUCAUUCAUUAUCUUUUUUUGUCUUCUUUUCCUCAGCUUUUGAAAUAUUUUUAAAACUUAUCAUUAAAAAUGUUAAAGUAGUCCCUAAACAUUCUUGAUCGUUUUACCUGGAACAUUUCAGCAAUGUUUAGUUAGAAGGAGACAUCAAGAAUGUUCUGGUUUUUUGGUCUUUAACUCAACUGCUAGAUUUUGUAGUACAUCACAGCUGGAUUUCAGACUGCUUUGUUCUGUUUUUCUUGAGGAAAAAGUCACAGGAACAUUUCCUUGCCAGUGAAAUCACCAAUACCCAUUGAAGAGAUGUCAUGUGAGAGUAAGAGCGUUAAAAUAAGAGAUGGCUUCCUACAGUAGCUGCAACAGUGACUCAUAUUCUUCUCUUGGAACCUUGUGGCCCUUGGAGGGCCCUGCUCAGACAAACUGUGACUUAGUUGUGGAGUUCAUGCCUUCAGAGCAGUACUGGUCUCUGUGGAUAUUGUGUGGCUUCUAAACCAGUGUAUUUUGCAGAGGGUAGAUGGUUUUUUAUUUGCCUUGGGUGAGUGGGGCAAGUGCCAACUGGCCUACAGUAACAUGGAUUAGUUUAGCCUUAAGAACUUAUCACUGCCCCUCCUUAAAUUCAAGCAGGGUUUCUUCCUUUCUGCAGACUAUGCAGAAAUCUUAUGCACCAGUAUCUGCUUAUAUUAUGUCUACCUGAAUAUGGCACAAUUAUUAGUGCUGGCAAGCUUAGUUCUUAUGUGGUGUGACUGAAGUAAUGGAUGGGCCUGGUACAUGCUGGAUCAAGUUUUGCUGGAUCUAGUUUUGCUGUUCAGACUUAUGCUGGAUCAAUAUAGAAACAUGGUCCUUAUGCAGAGGAAUGUGCCAGGAGCCAGGAACGUGGGUGGUACUGCUCUUGUAGGAAUGAAGAUCAGAGACAGCUCUGCCCAGAAAAAAGGGCAAAGCUGUCUUAUAGCAAGAAGGAUUAAUUCAUUUCCUUGGAAGCAUCUUCUGGUUGAGCUGGCAUAAAGGCCCUACUCAGGAGAGCAGAAGCAGUAAUACCAUACCACUGAAGGAAUACCUCAUGGACAUUCAGGGAUGUAAUUAAUGUCAUCCUUUUCUCUCUUGUAUCUGAGGACAAGAGUCUUGCCCAUUGUAUCAAUAUAAUUUUUUUUCUGUGUUUUGCAAACCCUGUGGACACUGACUGCAUGCUGAGGGUGUAAAGUGGAUGGCUUUUUAACUUUUGGUUUAUUUCCAGAGUGUGAAUUUGAAUGAACUUGAAGAAUUAGCUAGAAUCAUUAUCCUAGCUUUGAGAUGCAAUCUCUAGGCCAUAGUACAAGCAAGGAGCAGGGCUUUGAACCAGUUUUGAUUGUCAAUUUUGCAAAUGGCUUAUUAUGACAUUUUAAGAAAAUUUCUAAGCAGUUGAAUGUAUUAAGGAAUAUUUACAAAAAAGGAGAUAGAGCAAUGAUCUUUUUUUACUAUACAGCUAGUUUGCUGUCCUUUCCAGUAAACCACAAGGUUCAUUAGUGCUCAGUACUGUUUCGUUUAUGAUAAAUGUUUUUAAUGUGAUUUUCAUAACAAUGUGUAAUUAGUGAAAUCUUUUAUUCAAUUUUUCCCUUUAUUUGCUUUUUUUAAGGAGACAUUUCUCCUUAUAUAGUAUAUAUACUUUCUUACAGAGCUUUCUUACCUAUUUUUAUAUAAGAUGAUUUAACAAUGUGAAAUUAAAUGCUCUAUGAGCAAGCUAUAUCACUGUUAACGCAAUCAAAAGUGCUAAUAUAAUGACUAAGGGCCUGAACCUUCUGCCUUUUACUCAGGUCCUGGUUUAACCAGAUGUCUUUCAUGCUGUGUAGGACCUUUCCCUGUAAGCACUUCCAUCUAUUCCUGGGGAUGUCUCAGAGAAAGGCACUAUUAACAUGAAUAACAGUGGUAAAACUGAGCCUCCUCUCCAUUCUUAGUGGGACAUCUGUCAUGAGUAAAGGCUGCUGGCUCUGUCCCAAAGUAUAGUUUUAGAUUAUAGUUCCCUUGAUCUUCAGUGAUUUUGAACUUGUUUUUCUGGUGACUAUAAGCUAAUAACUGAUCUUAGUGAAUACAAAUAUUGAAUUGUGCUGUUACCAGCAAGAUUAUUAAAAUGUGUUUCACAUUUUAAUUCAUUCUUUCAUUGGGAUAUAAGGAGUUGGAUUUGUGAAGCAUUAUGUUGCAUAGAGAUAGCACACAUUCACCACAUUUCUAAAAGGUAUGAAAUAUACAGUAUGUAGCAUUUUCUUGCAUACUUUUAUACUGCCUGUACGUCACCGAUGCACUCGGUGCCUUCCUUCUUUUGUAUAAAAUUUCAUAUGUAGAGAAACUGAAGUUAUGGUGUGUAAGCAAUGUCACUGCAACUGAAGAGAUGUCUUAAACUGAUUAUUCCUAGUCCAGGAGGUUUCAAAGGGCAGUUCAGUUUAACACAAUGCAUUUCUUUGAAUUUGAAGUUUUCCCCUUUCCUUCCUCGCCCCCACCCCAACCCCCAUCCAAGAAACUUCCUCAUGUGGCUGUUUAUUCUUAAUUGAUUCCUGUGUCUGAUGUAAGUCACAUGGUGUUAACCAAAGAACCGAGCCUGUUUCUAAUUAUUUGGAUAAAUAAAGUUUGGACUUGCAAUUACUUAAAGACAAAAAUGAUAUGAUGGAUCUCUGUUAACAAAUACAAAAUAGGCUUCUGUAAAUGUGACUCCCAGCUAAGAAUUCCAAAUACCUCUUUUCUGACUGGAUGUGCAUUGUUUUAUCAGUAGCAAAGUGUUUGGGUUGUGUUUCUUGGUGCAUUUUAAUCAAAAUCCUAUCACAAACAAAACUAUCAGUAAGUGCUGUCAGAUUAGCUUGGUUUACCAUGUUAUACCUAUAUCUGAAGUGUGCUACUUUGAGAACAGAUUUGGCUUUCCUGUGUCUGAAGUCCUGAUGUUGUACAAUAAUUAUCUGGUGUAUGCUGGUCUCACAGGAACAGACUGAUGCUGCAUCAUAUGUACCAGUGUCCCUUUGUUGUACAACUUCUGUAAUAUAACACAGUUUUCAACUACUGUUUCAACCUGAAAUUCCUUAAAUUUCAAUGCAUGUAUAGCCUUAAACAUCUAAGACACCAAGCACAGUUUUAAAGGGAAUAGGUUAUAUUUGCAAGUCCUGUUUGUCUCAGAAGUCAUAGAAUUAUUUUUAUAUAUUAGUCAGAGAUUGUAGAAAAUGGAUACACUGCAGUUGUGUUAUCAACCAUGCUCCUAAUUAUAUGCACUAAAAAAUAAAAAAAAAAGUCAUUUUUGCUAAAUGUUUUGGAGAUGAAGUAUCAGUGCUCAUUUCCUUUCUUGAGUUUGUUUUUGUUUUCAUAAUUUAAUUUCUGCACAGAACCUUGGGUGCCCUUAAAUAAUACCUGUGACUGAAUUCAUGCAGAUUUUCGGUAUUCCUUGAGCUGCUCUUGUUUUUGUUCCUUUUUUAAAUUGAAUCAGUGGUAAUUAAAAUUCCCCUAAAAAAAUCCCCCUUUUUUUUUUUUUUUUUUUUUUUUACAUUUUGACAGUAACAUAAUUAGAGCAAAUGACUGUUUGCAGCUGUUUAUGCAGCUUAUUAAAGCCUGAGAACUUUGUUUGAAACUGUCAUUAUAAUCCAGAUGAAGACAUAGGUUUCAUGGCAUUUCAGUCCACAUCAGGUGAAAGCAGGAGCUCUGGCAAUGAAUGUGCAGAUCUGCACAUGGUGUGUCAGGCUCUGAACCCCCUGAGGGAUUUAUAAUUAAGUGUCACCUUGUAUCUACAGUAUCUCCAGUUGUGUGUUGUCAGAUACUUGUUGUUUUGUUUUCUUUCUUAUUACCUAGCAAAAAACUACUUUUAUCAUUUUUGUGCUACUGUAUAUUAAUCUUGAGGGUUCCCAGUGUGCAAGAUCAGUUUAAUGUUGUCAGUUCUCUUUCUGUAAAAAACCCCUGGACUUUCAGCAUACACAUCCCAUUCCUGUUCUGGGGAGAGCCAGAAUGCCACCAGCUGGUUUUAGUUAUAUUUACCUGUACAGCACAGGUAACUUCAAUCCCAUGUGAGUUUGAUUGAAACAUGCUAUAGUAUAUUUUCAAACCUUGGAUGUGUCACAACAUUAAAAUAGUCAUUUUGCAUAUCUGAAACUUUGCAGCUGUGAAUUUGUAUUUUGUUUACUCUAUCUCUGUGAAAUGUAUUUUUGUCAGUUUGAGGACUUUGGAUAUUUCAAAGUAUUUUCUGUACGUGAAAACAGCUUUUUGCAUGUGAAUUUAAUUGCUGGAAAGUAUUUGAAAAAAAAAAAGGAAAAACCACUUUUAAAACCUGUUGUUGUCACUUUCCUUUGGAAUUCAUUACCUUGUAAACAAAAACAGACUUCACUGUUCAGAAGAUAGUAACGCUUGGUCAACCAUUGAAACUUCUGUCUGCAUUAAAGAAAAAAUAUUUUUUAAUUUUGGCAAGGUAAUCCUAGCCCUUACACACAAUUUGGCUCUGUUUACAAAUUACCUAAGUUUCUCCAAUUCCCUUUUUGUCCCCCACCCUCUUUGUUGAUGUCAUGAACCUUCUGCUUAAAUAACUUUAAAUUAACCAGUGUGACAAUGUUCUAACAAAUAUGAUGUGUAUACUGGCAAAUAAAGACACUCAGGUGAUCA